AUCAAGGGUAGCCGGAGAAGUCGCCCACCAGUCACCAACGCCUGGCAUGGAGGGAAGACCCAAGUGAUCGACAAGAGAUUAAAAAGGGAGCAUGCAAAGCCCAUUCAGUCCUUUGUAUUUGUUAAUUCCCUGCCGCCGCCGUGUGUCGUGUGUGUGUCACACAAAGGAGCUACUCCCGAAUGCAAUGCAAGCAUAUGUAUGUAUGUAUAUGAGCCAGGUAGCUAGCACGCCAACGAGGCAGAGGCAGAGGCAGAUCACCAACUAGCUAGCUAGCGGCAGCAACAGCAGCAUCAGGAUGCUCAGGAAAUGGUUGCUCUCCUUGUUGGCGGUGCUCAGCGCGUUUGCUUCUGCGGCGGAGGCGACGGGCCCGGCCAGCACGGUGGUCGCCGGCAUGGUGUUCUGCGACCAGUGCAAGGACGGCGCCCGCGGCCUCUUCGACUACCCGCUCUACGGGGCGCGGGUGGCGAUCCAGUGCGGCGGCGGCGACACCCCUCUGACGGUGCGGGAGAGCAACACCAACUGGUUCGGCGGCUUCUCCAUCCGCAUGGAGGGCUCCCCCGACAUGACCCGCUGCACCGCCCGCGUCGUCCAGGGCACCGGCCACUGCGGCGCCGCGGCCUCCGGCGCGCCGCGCGAGCUCACCCUCGCCUUCCGCAUGCUCGGCCUCGCGCUCUACACCGUGCCGCCGCUUCUGUCGCAGCCAGAGGAGGCCAUGGACUUCUGCCCCGGCCAUGACAGGCAGAGGUCUCCGUUUUCUCCACCGGCGGAGGCGCCCUCACAGUCUCCCUUGGCUCCUCCGCUUCCGCCCUUCUGGCGACGCAGGCCCAUCUGGCGCCGGCCGUUGCCACAGGAGCCCAUAGGGAUAGGGGAGCCCCAGGCACCUCCUCCACCACCGGCGCCGGCGCAGGGGUCGGCUUGCACCUACGACAAGUGGGCGCUUCCUGAGCACCGGUGCCACUGGAUGGUGGUGACCCCAAACACGACGGUGGCGAUGGCGUUCGGGCCCCUGGCGGCGCAGAGGUACGGCUCGGAGCUGACGCUGCGGGAGGCGCUGGAGGGGCGCGGGGACAUGUACCGGACGCUGCUCCGGGAGGCGACGGCGGCGCUGCUGAACGCCUACUACAACGCCCCCGGCGGGCCCUUCCUGUACCCGACGACGGCCAGCGUGAUCGACCACAUGAACGGCGCGCUGCUGAGCUCGACGCAGAGGGUCCUCAUCGAGGGCGCGCGCUUCCGCAGGGCCAACGCCGGCGGCGGCGGACGGACCAGGCUGCCCUGCGACUUUGAUGGAUCUCCCUCCUGCUAAUUACCACGAGGAUUUGAUUGAUAGCAACUUACUCCUAGUGUUGGGGACUAUAUUUGUUGCUGCUAAUUCAGCAGCUUAAUUACCUUGAGGAUCAC